GGGGGGGAGGAGUGAAAUCAAGAUGUGGAAAAUUUGGGGAAUUUGGUGAAAGGCUAGAGCGAUCUCUGUUUACUGUUGGUUGUGGGUUUUUUUGGGGGGGGGACCAGUUUAUUUUGGUUUGGUUUUGGGGGGCUGAGGGCUCUCCCCCACCUCUUGGAUGUUGCUCUUUGGGAAGAAAAGCUCCAGGAAAGUUGGAAUUUCGACACCAAGACCAGAUCAUAGGACAUCUCCCCUCUCCCGCAUUAAGAAGACGAGGAUUGUUGACCAUCUAAUGACUCUUCAGCAAUUCCGCCUCAGGCUUUGAAAGGUCUGGGUAUUCCAGCAAGAACAGAGCUGCUCUCUGUGCUCCAUUCUACCAGAUGUACCGCUGACUGCACCCACCCUCUGAUGAACCAUGUUCAACCCAGUGAACCCACCAGUGAGCAAUUAUGUGGAUCACUGCUACCUUCGGCCCCUCCAUGGGCAGGGACAGCCCGGCACGAUGGUGGAAGGAAUCAGUGAUUUGUCCUAUUAUCACCAGACCAACUCGGUGGGAAAUCAUCACACCUAUGGGAUGGUGCCUGGAGGCGAACACCCUUCUGAUACAGAUGGUACUCGCUUUUCAACCCCUCGAAGCACUGCCAAGCUGACCAAGAAGCGAGCUCUGUCGAUCUCCCCACUCUCAGACGCCAGCAUCGACCUCCAGACGGUCAUCCGCACCUCUCCCAAUUCCCUAGUGGCCUACAUCAACUCCCGCUGUGCCUCAAGUGGGGGCUCUUAUGGACACCUCUCUAUUGGUACCGUCAGUCCUUCCCUAGGGUUCCAGAGCUCAAUGGGCCACCAGAAAGCUCAGGGGAUGUCAUUUGGCCACAGUGCACCCAUAGCCCCAUGUGGCUCUCACGAACACAUGCCUGGCAGGCCAGGAAUGAUGCACCAUAUGCCACCUCCCCGUGGGAUCCUGAAGCAUUGCCAGCUGAAGUCUGAGCCCAGCCUGGGUGGCCAUCGGGAUGCCCUGAGUGCCAAGUGCCUGGAGGAGUGCUCGGAGGGGGACAUUUCCAGCCCAGCCUCUACAGGGACACAGGAUCCCUUACUGGGCAUGCUUGAUCCCCGGGAAGAAUUGGAGAAGGAAGAUGGGAAGGUGGAGGCUGAGGCGGUGUAUGAGACCAACUGCCACUGGGAGGGGUGCUCCAAAGAGUUUGACACCCAAGAACAGCUGGUGCAUCACAUUAACAAUGAACACAUCCAUGGGGAGAAGAAAGAGUUUGUGUGCCACUGGCAAGACUGCUCACGGGAGCAGCGACCCUUCAAAGCUCAGUACAUGCUGGUGGUCCACAUGAGACGCCACACGGGAGAAAAGCCCCACAAGUGCACAUUUGAAGGCUGCAAUAAAGCUUAUUCACGGCUGGAGAACCUCAAGACCCAUUUGCGCUCCCACACGGGAGAGAAACCGUAUGUCUGUGAGCAUGAGGGUUGCAAUAAGGCCUUCUCCAACGCUUCGGACCGAGCCAAGCACCAAAACCGGACACAUUCCAAUGAGAAACCCUAUGUCUGCAAGAUCCCAGGCUGCACCAAGCGCUAUACAGAUCCCAGUUCACUGCGCAAGCAUGUCAAGACAGUACAUGGGCCAGACGCUCAUGUCACCAAGAAGCAUCGAGGAGACACUGUGCCAGCUGGCCGGAUGCUGGCCUUCCAUGGUGACCUGAAACAAGAGAGAGAUAGUGAGCCCAAGAAGGAGGAGAGCAAACUCAUGGUGCCUGACUGCAAUCUGAAACCGCAGCCCAGCCCUGGGGGUCAGUCGUCCUGCAGCAGCGAACGCUCCCCCUUGGGCAGCGCGAAUAACAAUGACAGCGGCGUGGAGAUGAACGCCAACGCAGGCGGCAGUUUGGAGGACUUGUCGGCCCUGGAGGAAACCCUGGAGCCCAUGGGCCACUCCGGGCUCUCGGCCCUGCACAAGCUGGAGAACCUGCGCAUCGACAAGCUCAAGCAGCUGCGCAAGCCCUUGUCGGGGAAAGGUGUGAAGCUGCCUUCCAUCCCUGGAACAGGCUCUGGAAGAGAUGUGCCGGGCCUGUGUGGGCCACCCUCGGCGGCCUCGCAUCGGCGGAUAAUGGAGCUCUCCUCCAGCGAUUUGCCCUCCUUGCCCCCGCCGGGGGAACGUCGUGGGAGUGCCACCAGCACUAUCAGCUCGGCCUACACGGUCAGCCGCCGCUCCUCCAUGGUGUCUCCCUACCUGCCAGCAGGGGGAGCCCCUAAUGGUUUGGGCCCGCCUGACGCCUACGACGCCCUCUCCCCUGAGGCCUCGAGGCGCUCCAGUGAGGCCAGCCACUGCGGGGGUCUCCCAGGGCUGGGCAACUUAACCCCUGCCCAACAGUAUCGCCUCAAAGCCAAGUAUGCUGCCGCCACGGGCGGGCCACCUCCGACCCCGCUCCCAAAUAUGGAGAGGGCGGCUCCGUCCAGCCUCAUGGGGGAUUAUGCAGGUGCGGGCCUGCCUCCGUACAUGCGUAGGCACAGUGCCAAUGAGUACCACAGCUACAGCACAGGCGUCCGCCACCCUCACGCGGCGAUGAGCCACACUUCCCGACGAGCCAGCGACCCCUCCCAGACAGUGGGCGAAGCCCAUCCUCCUCCCAGAGUGCAGAGGUUCAAAAGCCUUGGCAGCAUGAGCGCAGCAGCGGGCAUGGGCAGAGCCAAUGGGCAAGCCAUGUUGGGCUCCGAUGCCAACCUGCAGCGCCAGCUCUUCUCACCACGGCCCCCAAGCAUCAGUGAGAACGUCUUCCUGGAGACAGCGGCGAUGGAGAGCAGCGGGCCGGCUGCAGAGCAGGAACUGCUGGAGAUGGAAUCUUAUCUUGGCUACCAGGAGCAAAACUACCCGUGUCAAACGAUGGGCAUGGAACACCAGAGCCCUAUGGCUCAACGGGGCGCACUCAGGUCAAUGGGUGACUUGCAGAUGAGCCCAGGGAGUCAUGAGCAGCUUGAAGACGGCUUUGAGCAGCCUGAAUACAUCCAGACCCAAUGCCAGAUGAGCAUGGCUUUCCACACCACGCGGCAGUGGGAGAGAGACAGCUUGGGAAUGAAUCCCACACCGACCACAGGCAUGGGGCAGUGCCCUUCUGCCCAGUUCCCAGCCCCCAACACGAAGCACAUAGAAGUGGAGCCCAGCAGGGAAGGCCAGCAGGGGGCGUUCCAGUUUGGCCAGCCCCACAUCAAAGCCGAGCACCAGUUCCAAGCAGCCGCUCCAGCCCUUGCCUCCUGCCAAGGCAUGAAGCAGCUACCCUACAUCCAGGCCCAACCUGUCUGUGGAGGAGGAGGAGGAGGUGGAAGUGGUGGGGAAUACCCACCCGAGACCCAGCAGGGCCCUUGCUUUGGCAUGGGGCAGCCCCCUGGCCGGAGAUCCCAGACCCCCAUGCUGCAAGUCAAGGAGAUGAUGGUACGGAGCUAUGUGGAGUCCCAGCAAGCCCUUAUGUGGGGGGAGCAGCCCGUCGGCAACGUGACGGUGGGCAUGGAUGGCAUGGAGGGUGGGCAGUGCCAGCCACUGCCGCCGCCCCAGCCUUACCCCGCCCCCAAGUACCCGGCCUACCCAGCGAGACCCUUGCAACCCAUGGAGAGCAAAGCACUUUCGAGCCCCGGUGGCCAGUGUUACAACCCAGGGAUGGUCCCACAUCCGCCUGGUGGGCCUAAGCCACUGAGUCGGCAAAGCAGCUUGAGCUACCAAACCAGCCCCUCUUACGAGCCCCCUAGUGAUAGUGGCCCCCACCGGAUGAUGCGCUUGCCCCCUCUCCACAGCUCAGAGGAAGCCAGUUUUCCUAGCCCGAUGCAUCUGCCACCAGGCAAAGUCACAGGGUCCAAGUUGAUGAACGCCCACCAGAGGCACCACCAGGCCCCCAGCUGUGUGGCCGAGGACCCAGGAGGCCCCUAUGUCCCCAGGCUGGAGGUCCUCAAGUCAGACUCCUUCUCUUACCUGCCCGAGGAGCAAGUGUCCAACAGCUUGGACACACUGGACUUGGAGAACACCCACUUGGACUUCACGGCCAUUCUUGACGACGCCGAGGCCCUCAGCCCCAGCUCUCCGCCCGCCGGUGGCCAAGCCAACAUGGCUGUGGGAGAUAUGAACUCCAUGCUGAACUCGCUAGCAGGAGAGAACCAGUUCCUUAAUACCCUUUCCUAAUACCAUUAGCCGGAGGGCCACAAUGGCAGAGGUUUGCUAUGUGCCAGGACCAAGGCUGGCCAGGAGAAGAGGCACAAGUACCUCUCACUGGGCAGAAUUCCAACCUGUAAGGUUUGAGAGGGUUCUUUGAAGGGGGCAGAAUCUAGCUAGAAGUUUCCAGUGUUCCUCUGGGUGCCACUCUGCAUCUGCCAGGAAUCUUUAGCCCUGUUGUUGGAGAACAUGUUGAUGAUGGUUCAUGGUGAACGAUGGGUGCCCGUGAGGAAAGAGAAGGGCACUCACUCUGCUGUCCCAAAAGGUGGAGCAAAACACGGCACUCUUAACUUCAUCUCCCCACCCCCACCUGCCUUCCUAAUAUUCUGGAAUGAUGAGCAUUCCAUAGCUUAAGUGCCUCUUCCUCACACUCUUCUGGACAAUAAGAGGGCAAGAUCCUAGCUGGUAUAGUAUCCCAUUGGGAUGUUAUAGGGAAUCAUGUAAGUUUUUCCUCACUUUGAUCAUCCUCUGCCACAUGACCAAUCAUGUGACCAGUUGUGCACCCACUCUAGCAACAGGGCGUGAGGUGGGGAGCUUGCCCGAGCGCAAUGAACACUGGCAUAAUCACCUUUCCACCACCAUGUAACAUGAACAGGACGCUGACCGUUGUCUGUGCACCUCCUGCACUAGGGAGUGGGUUGUCUCUGUAGGGCUCACCCAGUGCUAGCUCCCUUUUCUCCAUAGCGGAAUGCUUGUGAAAGCUGGGGAGGGGGUGGUGGUGGUUGGCAAAUCACAGACUUUACACCUGGAUGCUGCAGGGAAGAUCUGUGGGUUUUGAGGAUGCCCGUUGCCGAUAGAUCUUUCCUACAAAAUACGCAGGGGAGAACACAGCUCCGUGAGGGGUGAGAUAGUAUAUGGCAAUCGGUUCUGGCUCCACAGAGAUUCCAGAAGAUGGUAGGGUGCAAAGCAUCCGGUAAUAGUAGUAAGUCCUUGCACAUAGUAGAUACACUUCAGGCUCUUUUGGGCCACUGGCGUCCUGCCCUUCAAGGCUCAGUUGGCACAAUGUAAACCCACACGCUUGAGCUCCACCUCAAUAUGGGUUUUCACUAUGGGUUUCCAUUAGCUUCCAGUACUGCAAAGCCUGCAAUACGGAAAAGAGGAUUUGUGGGAAUAUGCACGUGGUCUAACAUAAGAACCCCUGCCCCGGCAAUUUUUACCUGCCUAACGUUCAAAACAUACCUCACCACCACCCUUUGCUGUCAAGUCUGGCCCAACACGUUUUGCUACAAGUGAAGAGUCCCCUACCUCAGCUACCUUUCCACAUAAAGAAGCAAACCAGGCAGGCAGUUAAAUCUAACUUCAAUGCUGGUGAAGGGACAGUGGCAGUCCAAAAAUAUCUCAAGGGCUGCACCUGCACCUUCUGAUUUAAAGGUAGACCUUUCCAGAUUGCAGCCUUGGGGGUUCUCCGGGAGAGCAAAGAGAUUCCCUCCUCAGCCCUGGUGAGUGGACUGCCAAAACCAGGCCAUGAAAGCCAAGAAAGGUGAGAUGGGUGGAGAUGGCUCCUGACACCGCAAAAGCACUUUGGCUGGAGAAGUGGUGUCCACCAGCUAACCAGCAAGAGCUUAUUCUUCAUGGGUUGUGGGUAGACAACCUUAAAUCUGUAGCACUUUAUUUUUACAUUGGAUCCUGAUUUAGAUGCAAGCAGCUGAGCUAGCUGAAGUUGUCCUUCAUCAGAUUAAUAUGUAGCCCAUUCUUGUUUACCCCGAUUGGCAGUGGCUGUUCAGGGACUCUUUCAGAGCCCCAUCCCAAGCUGUGUGAUAUCCUGCUAAUUGAAGAAUUAAAUGAGGUAUUGGGUGGUUAGUUACAGUUCUCUCAAACCUAGUGGUUGAGGCAAAUUUUAGGGUUAGUCUUACAGCUGUUGUGGGAGAUAAUUGCCUACUGCAGUGUUUCCCAACGUUGAUCUUCUGCAUGGUUGUGUAAUCACCAGGAAGUAGCUCACACCAAACUAUGCCACAAGGGGUCCAAAAUGCAAACUAUUUCCCCAUCUGAUCACAUUCUUAGAGCAAUGCAGCAUUCCCAUCCUCUAUGGAUUGUGGCAUCCCUAUGGUAUACAGCAGUGGUUCCCAUUCUUGGAUAGCCCAGGUGUUCUUGGACUGCAACUCCCAGAAAUUCCAGCCAGCACAGCUGGUGGUGAAGGCUUCUGGGAACUGCAGUCCAAGAACAUCUGAUUCCCCUGAGGUUGGAAAACCACUGGCUUAUGGGGGAAACACUAGGUACUGGAAGUGUUUCAGAAACCUGAGGAAAUCAAAAAGUAAGGGUAGGUGAUACCUUUAUUAGACCACUAAAAAAAGUCACCAACAAACACUAGCUAGUCUUAAUCCAGACUAGGCACUACAUUGCUGGGGAUGGUGUAGAAAAAAUUUAAAAUGUUCCAAAAAAUCAUG